AGCGUUCUUUUGUGGCCCAAGUAUGUAGUUCCAAACCUCGGAGCUGUAGGACAUGGUGCUGCUUGAGGCUUUCGGGCUUGCCUCGGCAGAGCUUUUUCAGUACAACCGAGAGAAUUUCCAGUUUGACAAUGAGCAGCGGAUCAGCCGAGAUGUCCAGAAGUACAAGAUGCAAGUGGAACGCUUCGAGCUGUUCCGCGAAGACAUCGAAGAUCUCGUCAAGCUCACGGUGGACAAGAUGGACAUGUAUCAUCUAGUGUCGGCGGUGGUCCUGGGCUUUACCACCAGCGUCUUCACGGAGGGCCGCAUUUGGGCUCACUCCCCACCUUCUUACAUCGCGGUGUACUUCAUGACCAUAGGCUGCGGCUGGUUGUACCUUCUGAUGACGGUGUGGCUGAGCAUGUAUGCCUCCAUCUCUUCCCACAGCCUGGGGGUGCGCCUGCGCACCCGCUAUGUGCGCUUGCCCAUCCCCAGCAUGCAGCAGUUGUACGGCAUAUCUUCCAAGUUGCAGGACUUCGAGCAGCAAGGCGUGCAGAAGAUGCUGCGGCUGCCAUUCGGGCCACAAGGCACGCCCCAGUGGCAGUCCCCGGGCCCCGGGGUUGCAGCGCCGGCACCUGGCGUGGCAGGCAGCAGCCGACCCUUCAUGCGCACCGGCUCCGAGGAUCUUCUGGGCCGUGGGGAGGCUGGCUUUGGCCAGGAGAAGGUGCUGACCAGCGCUGCGUCAACUGCGCCGGCAGAGCACGUGCAAAUGUUUCGAAAGCUGCAGUCAAAGUGGCAGUGUUUCGAUGCCUAUGCGCGAGUGAGCAUGAGCCUGGGCGUGUAUCAGAUCGUUCAGGCCAUCAACCUCUUCGUCCUGGGCCUCACCCUGGUAGAGACCCACUGCCCCUCGGUGGCCCUGGCGGUGACGCUGCUUUUGCAAGCGGUGGCACUGGCUCUGAACUUCCUGGACCUGGCCGGGCUGCACGCCUGGCAGUGGGCCGUCAUGCUGUGCAUCUCCAGCGGGUGCUCCGUCAUAACGGCCAUCUCGCUGAUCGGUGCAAAGUUGGAGCCGGAUGGCCUGCCGGACGUGAACCACCCCUUCAGCCUGGCGCCCCUGGCCUACUGGUUCCAGGCCUUGUACUUUCAGGUGCUGCUGGUUCUGGCAUGCCCGAGCGACGAGCAGAGCUCAUUGCCCAGGCGUUUCCGGGCUGUCCUCUUCCUGGACGUCUUUGGGGAUGCUAGCUACGACCCCACUGAUGCCGAGCAUGCGCUUAUUCCAAAGACGGUGGAAGAAGGCGACAUGUCGGGUGCCGCGGAGAGGGCGGAGAAGGCCACCCAACUGGCCAAGUGCUGGGACUUGGCACGGAUGGCGCAGAUGGCUCUACGCAGAUGGGAGGCUGUCCCCGAUGAGCAUGUGCGCGCAGAGGAUGCCGAGUCCCUUUGGCAGCUGAGGAAGCAGUACACGGUCUGGCGAAAGGCCCUGCUGGUCAGCUGGGGUGAGAUGAACGAAGCCCGGGGCAUUCCCUACUCUGCAGAGGCCCGGGACCGCGUGGAGCUGCGUCCGUGGAAUCAGCUCAGCGCCGUGGAGAAGAGCGAAGACGUGUUCACCGGCACCUUGGUCGGCCCCCUGUACUCGGCGCAAGGGAACCAGACGUUCCACUAUGACCUCGAGAAGGGCGAGUGCAUCUUCGGCCGUGGCAAGUCCCUGUCGCUGCGAGAGGUGGCCAGCCGGGUCACUGCCUUCCAGCGUGGGGUGCAGAGCAUGCUCGCGCUGAGCGAGGUUCCGGCAGAGGACGACCAUGACGGCAGCGCCACGGGAUCCCCCCGCGAGCGCGGGGGUGAGCGCGAGGGGACCCGGAAAUCCACGCGCAAGAGCUUCAGCCGAUCAAUGACAGCCACCUUCAUUGGCAGGACUCGCCUGCCACGGGUGGACAGCUUGCCGUGGAAGGUACUGCAGAGACUCACGCAGGUCCUGCAAUGCUGUUGGAUCUUCCUGGGCAUCGUGGAGUGUCUUUGCAACUGGUUCCCGGAGACCUUCGGCGUGGACGUCUUCCGGUCCGACUGGGGCACUGAGGAGCCCAAGAUCGAGGGAGAUACGUUUAGCCACCCAGACGAGACAACCCAACACGAAGGUGUGGGAGGUGAAUCUGAAGAAGCUGCGACAGGUGAAUUUACGCACGAAGGAUCGCAUGAGGAAGGGGUUCAUGAAGCGCAUGAGGCUGCGGUCAACCCGGAAGGCGGCCGUCGCCUGCGCAACUCCGAUUUCACUCCCUGGUGGCAGCGGCCCCAGCAGGUGGCUGCAAGCUGGCCGCAUGGCAACUUCUUCCGGCCGGAACUGCUCGCCUGCGGCGGCGCGAAACUUUUCGCGGCCACGGCCUUCGCACUGUACCAGUCGGAGGGCGGGCUGCCACUGGCCUGGCAGGCCUUGCCGAGAAAAGACUUCCCGGUGGCUGUGCCAAUCUGCGGUGAUGCGCCGGACGGAGAUGAUGGCUGCCUCUUCGCGGCCGCGCGGGGAGGAGGCGUCGCCCUGUGGCCCUGGAGGUCUUUGGAUGUGACGGAUGCUCCUUUGGCCAGGCCCUGGCACCGACUGGCCGGCGCCUCUGUGCCCUGCCGACGCCUGGCGCCGCUGGCGCCAGAGUUCUCUGAGCUCGAGGAGAGGUGCCUGCUGCUUGUGGGCUGGGACGGCCAGCGCCUGCCCGUGGCCACGCUGCGGCUGUCCGGCGGAGCGCCAAGCGCCGCGGAGCGGUUGGAGCUGCGCUUCGACGUCCCGCUCGAGCGCGGCGAUGCCGAUGUGCGGGCCAUGCACCUGGACAGCUCCGGCCAGCUGUGGCUCUUGCUGGGCAACGAGCUGCUCUCUUGGCAGCUGCUGGCAGGCGAGUUUCUGGGCAGAUGGCAGCCUCACUGGCGGGAUUUCACGCCUCGGGCGCUCUGCGCGCGCCAGGGCCGCCUCCUGGUGGCCGGCUCCGCCGGGACCGGCUACGGGCGGCCCCUGCUGCUGGCGCUGCAGCCCAACGCGUCCAUCGCGGCGGCGUGAGGCGUGAGGGAGGCACUUGCGCCGGAGAUCUUUGAGUCCUUGGGCCAUGUCGAGCGCCACUUGCGAGACUCUGCCUGCGCUUCCUUGCGGGGCACAUCCCGGGCUGGCAAAAAGUGCUGCGAUCCGGAUCCGGCAGAGUCAGCCGCGUGG